AUGCCUAGAGGGAGCUUUUAUGCCAAAUUAUUUGGUACUAUUACUCUCACCCGAUACUUUUUGAAUUUAUCUCUAAUAUUUUUAUUUGGACAAUUAACAUUAGCCAAUGUCAGAAAACAACGUAAAAAACGACGUCUAACGCCUCAACGUCAAAUUGACCGGCAACUAAUUGCCAUGCUACUAUUUCAUGUUCUUGGCUAUGUUAUGCUCGCUUCACCGUAUACGAUCAUGUUACUUUUGUCAACAAUACUUCGUCGAACAAAUACGUUGAUUUUUAUCCAAAAUUUAUCUCGUAUAUCAUUGAAUCUUGGCUAUGUAAUGAAUUUUCCCAUUUAUGUUUUAAGUGCAAGACUCUAUCGACAAGAAUUUUUUCAUGCUUUAAACAAAAUAUCAAAUUUUAUCAUCAAACGAAAUAUCGUGGCAAUUAGAAAACAACAGUCUCACACAACAGACACCUAUGAGGGCAGUAUUAGUCUACGUUCAAAGAGUUUAUUCUGUCUGGAAGAACAAAAAAUUGAAUUGAACGGACUAGUUCUCCACGCUAACACGACAGACACCGAAAAUUAUGUGUAG